AGGCGCGCACCCGGCGCACCACGGCGCACCGAACACUUUUUUCAAAAAAUAAGUGAAGAAAAUCUUUUCGAAGACUGAAUUUUUAUGAUUAAAUAAUUAAUUAUGAAUAAUUUUAAGUUAUAUUGUUGACCAGGUAGUAGGUAUUUGUGUGAUGUAAUACGUUGUAAAAUUUUACACCAUGAAGUUCAAGCUGUUGAAUGUUAGUCCUAAAUUAGGACGAUUCGGUAUGAUUAGCGAUGUGGAACGUAUUCCUUCCUUUUCACUGGAAACUCCAAAUGUAUUGUUUUAUACCAAGAAAGGCUGUGUGCCACAUUUGACAUGUGAUGUUAUGCAAAUGAUUUCCACGGAUUCGUUGGCGUUACAGUUUCCUUUGAAUAACAUUUUCCAUUGCUGUGAAGUAUUAGAGAAAAAUAAAAUUAGUUUGAAUUCAUUUGUAGGCCUUCCAGAAUAUUUUUCAUAUUGUUUUGGCCAAGAUCCAGUGGAUUCUAUACCGCAGGGGUAUCACAGGGGUGCUUCGGCUACAAUUUGGUGUACUCAAGGAAAAGUAUUCGUUCCUAAAGAAAGGUAUAUGGAAAUCAUGGAAGCAUUUCAACCAGACAUGUACUGCGCUUUAAGCGACGGUGAUACAAAUUUGAAAAGCAGCACGAAGAGAUUAUGUAAUUCUACCACUAUUACAAAUGAUGCUUUUCAGUAUUGUUACGAUAAACACAGUACAUCUUCUAAACUGAAAAAUAUAGGAUUAAUCGCUCCCAUCGAAGGAGGCUACGAUAAAAGCUUGAGAGAAAGAUGUGUAAAUCAUAUGGCGAAAUUUCCUGUCACUGGAUAUUUAAUUGAUGGCUUGUAUACAGAUGGAAAAACUGUUAACGAUAUUCCUUUUGAAUCUGUCAAGAAAAUUGUUCAACAUACGACGAAUUUGUUACCUUCUAAUCAACUGCGAAUUAUACACGGGGCUUGGAAUCCUAAAUCUGUCGUAGAAAUGGUGAAGAUGGGUGUCGAUUUAUUUGAUACAUCUUUUCCUUAUUUCAUGACCGAGAACGGAUGGGCUUUGGUGUUCAAUUAUAAUAUUGAAAAUUUAUUAAGCGAUGAAGUCAACUUGUACGAAAACUGUGCUAUUCGUUUCAACGAUGACAAAAAUUCCAGUGAUAAACCGUCAGCUAAUCCAGAAAAGAAGAACAGUGAUAAACCUUUAUAUAUUUCCCUCCAUGAUACGAAGUAUUUCGAUGACCUAACUCCUAUUCUGAAUAAAUGCAAUUGCCUUGCAUGUAAAAAUCAUACCAAAUCCUACAUACAUCACUUGCUUGUAACGAAAGAGUUGUUAGCUCCAGUUCUACUAACAAUACAUAACAUGCACCAUUAUAUGCAAUUUUUUGCCAAAAUCAGAGAGCAUUUGAAAAAGAAAUCGCAAAAUGGAGUAAUGACCAAUGGAGAUAUUAGUAAGCAUCUCAAUGGAGAGGUUAGCAAGAUUCGAAUCUAAUUUGUGUUAAAUCAUUCCAAAUUUUCCACUUCGGAUAUCAUUAGGCGGAUGUUGGAAUUCUUUUUAUCAUAUUCAGAUAUUAUUAUUGUGGUCUCAAGACAAUAAAUAAAAGCCGAAUCACAUAUUGGUAAAUACCUACAAUAAUUGGAGAUAAGAUAUCACCAAAUAUGGUUUUUGAAAUAAUAUUGUACGUGAUAAAAAAUGUUUCUCUUUUGUCGGGGGUUUGCGGUCGCAGUUUUUAAACAAGUUCACUUUGUCCACUGUUCACUAUUAUUUUUAAUUUGGGUGGUUUUUCCAUUAAUUUUUUUUUUUUUAAACAUCACAAACAGACUGUUUCUUUUUUUCGUUUUUUUUUCUCUGAAAUUAGUAUCCAAGUAACGUCAUUAAUUUUUUAUAAAAUGGUCCUGUUUCCUAUAUCCAUUAGUUGGGUAAUAUACCUAUUUGAUAUCGGUAGUUUUUAUGUUACCUAUGUAUUUCAAAUUAAUGUUUGUGUACCUCGCUGAAAUAUAUUUUUGUUUCGAUA